AUGGGGAAUAAGGGACUCGUCUUCGAAGAAGCAACCACGGCCGUCAGCGUGGUGCUUAGCUCCGUAAUAACCUCAGUUGAGCUUUCGGGAACAACCGUGAAACUUGACGGUGGCCCAGAACCUCCACCGCCGGUAGAGCCUGAAGACCCUGGUGUAAGGGAACUUCCAGUACCUGGCGUAGAUGCAGCAGAACUUGGCCAGGUAGACCUUCCGGGGGUUGGGGUAAAUAGGGACCUUGACGAUGGCGUGGAUCUCGGCGUGAAACUUGUAGAGGACGAGUUAUUGGUGCUGCUGGACAAGGGCUUCAAGUGCUCAAUUCUUUCCCGUGGAUCAACAGCGCCCUCAGCUCCGGGAAAUACCAAGAUCACCAAUAGCCCCAAAAUAACUGUUGAGAGUCAGGGCUAUGUGGCCGAGCUUCUUCGAUUCGGCCUACUACGUGCCGCUAGCGGAGGUCAGCAAGAAGUGGCUAAGUUUCUUUUGUCUAAAGGCGCGCAAGUCGACAGGGCGGCCAGUCUUGCGGCCACCAAAUGCGAUAAGCAAACUCUAGGGCUUUUUCAGGCAUACCUAGACUAUGGAUGGGACGUCAACGAGGGAACACUCUUUGGUCAGAGCAUCCUGUGUCUUGUUGUGGAGGAUGAAGAGCUUGUUCGGUGGCUUCUCGACCAUGGGGCUGAUCCGAACAGAGGAGCACAUCUAUUGGCCUCUGAUGCAAAGGCCGAAAGUGAUCACUAUUCUGGGGAGGCUCUUAAUGCCGCUGCCGCACAAUCUGACGUGUCUGUGGUUGAUCUCCUUUUGGAAAGAGAUGAGGACCGUAUUCCAAUGAUGGCCCGGCUGCUGGAAUUAGGUGUUGAUAUCGACGGUCUAGAUGAUAUUCGGGGUCCUUUAAAGAUCGGAACACCAUUACAUUGUGCUGCCAGAUUUGGUCAUACAAAGAGGGUACAAUACCUGCUUGGCCAUGGUGCGGAUCCGUACCGAAAGGGACUGGAUAGUCUUCUCAGAGAGGCAGAGCCAUUUGGCGAGGUCAGCGCAGUUAUUGAGGAUUGCGCCCACCCCGCAGAUAAGCUAUCGAGCAAUAUGUCCAGUAGAAGAGAAAUGCUAGAAAGAUAG